CAGUACGCGACCAGAAAAGCUCCCAGUAUGAAAGGAAAAGUGGGAUUGGAGAAGUGACGGUGACGUUAUACUGCUGGAAAGAGAGGGAGGGAGGAAAGGGGAAGGCUGGACUCCAUUAAGCCGAAGCCUGCGGGAAAACAGUUUGGGAUACUUCACUUCUUCAGCGAGUUCUUCGGGGAUUUCUUUCUUCUUUUUUUAUUCUUUUUACAGACUUUCUACAUGAUUUAAGGACGGGGGACUUAUUCUGUACCGUGUAGACGACUGCUUCAGCGUUUUUUCGUCUUUGUGAAGGAUGGCGCUGGAUGGGAUCCGGAUGCCCGAUGGCUGCUAUGCCGACGGGACGUGGGAGUUGAAGAUUCAUGUCACCGACCUCUACAGGGACGUGUCGCUGAGGGUCACUGGGGAAAUCCACAUCGGUGGAGUCAUGCUCAAACUGGUGGAGAAGUUAGAUGUAAAGAGGGACUGGUCAGACCAUGCUCUCUGGUGGGAGAAGAAGAAAACAUGGCUGUUAAAAACCCACUGGACGUUGGAUAAGUACGGCAUCCAAGCUGACGCCAGGCUGCUCUUUACGCCGCAGCACAAACUGCUACGGCUCCAGCUCCCCAACAUGAAGCACAUGAAAGUCAAGGUCAACUUCUCUGACAGGGUCUUCAAGGCUGUGUCGGACAUCUGCAAAACUUUCAAUAUCCGCCACCCAGAGGAGUUAUCUCUACUGCGCAAGCCCCGUGAUCCCAAAAAGAAGAAGAAAAAGUUGGAGGAGACGGAAGAAGAUGAUCUGGAACUGGAGGGUCCGAUGUUAACACCUGGAUCAGCCUCUGAGAUAAUAUACAUCGGACCUGUGAAAGGGAGCAUCUACUCUAGUCCAGGCUUAUACAGUAAGACCAUGACCCCCACCUAUGACUCAAGGGACGGCAGCCCUUUGUCACCAACAUCCGCCUGGUUCGGAGACAGUCCCCUGUCAGAGGGCAAUCCCAGCAUCCUUGCUGUGAGCCAGCCAAUCUCCUCACCAGACAUUCUGGUCAAACUGUACAAGCCCCAGUCCCUGCUGGACAAAGCCAAAAUCAAUCAGGGGUGGCUGGACUCAUCCAGGUCUCUCAUGGAGCAGGAUGUAAAGGAGAAUGAGGUGCUGCUGCUGAGGUUUAAAUAUCACAGCUUCUUUGACCUCAAUCCAAAGUAUGAUGCCAUUCGAGUGAACCAGCUCUAUGAACAGGCCAAGUGGGCCAUUCUCCUGGAGGAAAUUGAAUGCACAGAGGAGGAAAUGAUGAUGUUUGCUGCCCUCCAGUACCACAUCAACAAGCUGUCAAUCAUGUCUUCAGACAACCACAUGAAUAAUAGUGAGAAGGAGGUGGAUGAAGUGGAUGCAGCCCUGUCAGAUCUGGAGAUUACCUUGGAGGGAGGGAAGACUUCCAACACACUGGGUGACAUCACAUCUAUUCCUGAGCUAGCAGACUAUGUUAAAGUCUUCAAACCCAAGAAACUGACGUUGAAGGGCUACAAGCAGUACUGGUGCACAUUCAAGGAUAUCACAAUUUCCUGUUACAAGAGUAAAGAGGAGGCACAUGGGACACCUUCCCAUCAAAUGAAUCUUAGAGGCUGUGAGGUAACGCCAGAUGUUAACAUCUCUGGUCAGAAAUUCAACAUCAAGUUGCUAAUCCCUGUGGCUGAUGGCAUGAAUGAGAUCUGGCUUCGGUGUGACACGGAGAAACAGUACGCCCACUGGAUGGCUGCAUGCCGCUUGGCCUCCAAGGGGAAGACCAUGGCGGAUAGCUCAUACAACCUGGAGGUCCAGAACAUUCUGUCCUUCCUUAAGAUGCAGCACAUGAACCCUGACCUACCCAUUGAACCAGUUGCUACUGAUAUCAACCCAGAAUGCCUGGUGUCUCCGCGCUACCUGAAGAAGUACAAGAACAAACAGCCAGGCUAUAUCAGGGACUUGAUUUCAGCCCGGAUUCUUGAAGCCCACCAGAAUGUGGCCCAAAUGAGUCUCAUCGAGGCCAAGAUGCGCUUUAUCCAGGCAUGGCAGUCCCUUCCUGAGUUUGGGAUCACUCAUUUUCUUGCAAAGUUCCAGGGUGGAAAGCGGGAGGAGCUGAUCGGUAUCACUUAUAAUCGUUUGAUCCGGAUGGACGCCAGCACCGGAGAUGCCAUCAAGACGUGGCGCUUUAGUAACAUGAAACAGUGGAACGUCAACUGGGAGAUCAAGAUGGUGACUGUGGAAUUUGCAGACGAGCCCAGUCUUUCAUUCAUC